AUGGUUAAUCUGGUGCCUACGGGAAAACGGCAUUCCACGAGUGACGGCUCCGCAGCUAGAAGAUGUUUUGAUGUCAACACUAAAUUAGCUGCAGCGAUGAUCAACGCAGGUGUAGGAGAGUCUCAGAUCAGUGCGAUAUUUGCUGAACUCAAUCUGCCUGGAAUCAGGACAACUAGCAGCAUUGUACAGAUAGCAGCUUUGCACGUGUCCUCGGGACAACACCUGAAUUUAUUCGUAAAACCCAAAUGUGGAUACAUUCCCACUACUGCCUCCAAUAUAACAGGUCUCGAGUUCCAUGGUGGGGUAUUAUACCAGCACUGUAAAGAAGUGACGAGCGUGGCAGCCAGCGAAGCACUUCUUGCCUUCAAACGCUGGCUUGAGGCAUUUGGAAGUCAUAUUUUGCUUGUGGCACACAAUGUCAUGUUUGACGCAAGACUGUUAGUAGCAAAAUAUCAAGAAGAAGGAAUAACUGUCCCAGAAACUAUAGGCUUCGCAGACAGUCUGCGUUUAUUUAGAACAGUUUACCCCGGGAGACAGAAUUACCGCCUGGGAAGUUUAGUUCACGAUAUUGCAGGUGUAGACUUCGGAGCUCAUGAUGCCUCUGAAGACGUGUACGCGCUUUCUUCAAUUCUCCAGUUGCAAACAAACCUAGAUAAACUGUCGAAUUAUGCUACUACUGGGUCAUCCGUGAAAUUCAAACUUCAGGAAUUAAACAACGAAAAACUAUACAAGGGAUCAUAUACAAGUUUUGUUGGGUCAAAAAUAAUAUCAAAAGCACAGGCCACGCGCCUAUCUAGGAGUGGAAUUUCAAUAGAACACUUGAAAAAAGUAUAUUCAAGAUCGGGCCUAGAUGGUAUGCAGGCUGUAUUGAAAGAUCGGGGUGCAGGGAAAUUUUACACAAAAUUGGCAUCAGCGCUUGAUGCAGUUUUUAGCGAGAAUAAAAUUAAUUUAAAUUAG